AUGUCAGAGGGAGUGAUUACACCCCUCCGUGGCCAGUUGGCCCAACAGUCCGCCCCCAGUGGCCGGCCCUGUGGGGGCUGUCAGGGCCAGGCAGACUGGAGCUUGGUAAGGAGCCAGUCCCACGUUUAACAGCCAGCUCCUGCCCGGCCCAAGUGUUGCAUGCACCUGCCAAUGGGAAGCAGUUCUCAGCCAUCAGAUAAUGUCUGAGAGGAAAUUGCUUCAAGGAGGCGACAUUCGAGGAUGGCAAUAUGGAGAUGUGAAAUAUAUUCAAGGAGCAGGAGGAGAGGGACCUGGUCCUUGAAAAGGCUCAAAUUAGCAUCCACACACACACUGACGCACUCACACACAUGGAGCACGUAUAAAUAUACUAACACACAUUUUAACAUGUACACACAAGCAAGAAGGCUACACUUAAUCUUCCUUGCCUUGAAUGAUAUUACAGUCUAAGAGGGAAUCAAAUUUAUUCACAGCCUGGACUAGCAACCAAAUUCUUAUUUAGCACACCUGAUAUAGAAACAGCUUACAGGCUAUGUGGUUACGGACUGUUAAAGUGCACAUCCGUCGCCGCAAAGGCACUAAAACAAGGGAAUUUCCAGCGCCGUAUUAUCUGCAGUGACCAGUUCAGCAGUGAUGUGGAAAAUGAAAAUCAAAGUGAAAGUUGGAUGAGGAUACGUCAAGUCAAAUAUGAGCCUGCAAUCAUCACACGCACAAUAUCACUGGAGGUUAAUGUGCAGGCCUGCUGAUCUUUUGGAGCCUGCAUCCAUGUAGCUUAAGGCGGUGGAAUUCAAUAUGAAGCAUGAAAUAUGAUGUAGUCGUGAUAAUUGGCCCGAAACCCAUGGUGGAUCCUUUACCAAAAGAGAGUGUAAAGCUUGCACCCAGGACACACUUCAUCCUGGGAGGAAGGAAGCAGAUUUGAGGUACUAUGAGGUUGUUAAAUAUCUGCUUAUUUCAGAUCCUCCUUCAGACUACAAUUUUAUUUAAAUAGGCGGUGCAAAUAGAGAUAUUCUGGUUGAAAAAAUGUUAAUUAUUUGUGUCUGUGUGAAAAAUAUUUUGGAAAAGAAGAAUGCUUUUAGGAUUUGCAUGGAGAGGGUGCCAACAGAGUAGAGUAUCAACCUGUAGAUGGCACUCUCAUCCCUGGUUUUAAUCCAAACCUGCAGGGUCGACUCCCUGUUUUGGAAUAUCUGGCUUCAAUUCCAGUCCCUGUUUUGCUUUGUUUGUCAUUCAGAUUCUUCAGCAGCUAUUUUCUCAACUGUACCAAAAGAGUAUUUUUCCUUUCCCACUCAUCCCUUAAAUCAAAAUGACAAAUAUAUUUGUGCACACUGUUAGCAUACCUGUUUGUUCAUAUGGUCAAAGCUUUAUCAAAAAAAUGCUUAUGCAUAAUGAAGUGAGGCUAGCAACUGUUGUUCCAAUGGUUUUCAGGCAGCGAGCAUUAGUUACACAGUGGGGAAUGGUUGGAGUUGAGUAGGGGGGGAGAGGAACCUCAGCCAAACAUGGUUUGUCUCUGAAUACUAAUGCCUCUUUUGAUCUGCCUCGGCUUUUAGGAGAUUUAAACAACAAAAUCUGUCUCUCCAAAUUUCUUAAUAGACUCAGCCUUUUGUGGCCAACAUGAAAAAAUCCUAGAAACAUGUUUACACGGCAUCCAUAUUAAUGUUCUGGAUUUGUUUAAAACAUGUAGGGUCUACUGAGAUCUUAUUAUAGGAAAGCACUGUUUUAUUCAUGCUGGGCCCCUAAUAGACUAAUUAAUUUAUCAUAAAAAGAUAAGGCACUUCAUGAUUUUCUUAUGUUAUGCAUGUAUUUACAUAAUACAACUUUGUAAUACAAAUAUAUCUCUUAAGUUGCCCCCUCACAUGUCCUAAAUAUUGUACAUGCAAAAGAGUUUUCAUCCCUCCUGGAAUGAUCUGAAUGCAUUAGAUAGAGAGCUGAAGAUGGAAACUCAUAGGAAGAAAAACAAUUACAUCCAAUAACAUCAAGGCUGCAAGCACCUUUGUGAUUUACAUGGCCCUAAAAGCUAUUUAGGUGCAUAUUGUGACAGAAUGUUAAGUGUGAUUAGGGACAGUAUGUUAAACAUUUGGCCAGUUGUAAUCAGUUGGAGAGCUGUGAGGAUGAGCUGUGGUUGGGGGGUUAUCUGCGCCUGUAGCGCUGCAGGAGGUGCCAAAAGCAACAAGGACCACUAGCCAGUCGGAGUAUUUGGCACCUCCACAGCUGCUGUUGCUCACAUGCUUCCACCCUCUCGUCUCACCAAAGGGCCAAUACCAAGCAAAGGAUAAUCUUGUUUUAUCUGCCUUUCAGACAGCCCAAAUGGCCCAGAUUAAACCCACUACAUGACCCCCACGGCCGGGGCACUGACAUGUAUACCCCCACUUUACUGGAGCACCUAAGGUUAAAGUGAGAUGAGGAAACUGAUAAGGGGAAGAGCUUGGAUCAGCUACAGGCCUCAGCAAAAACUCCCUGCCCAUCUUAAUUUAAUAAACUCAGAAGGAGGAAUACAAGUCUAUCUCUCUUCAAGGUUGAAUUGUUCCCCCCCCCCAAAAAAAAAAAAAAAAACUCAAUUUAGCGACUUAGCAACUGGUCUUGGAAUAACUAUGCUAAGACACAUCCAUCAUAUAAAAAAUACUUAUUUCUUCUUAAAACACCAUUAGUGAUGUAAUAAGAGGAACAGAUAAUUAUUAUUGCUGAAGACUUGUGCUUCAUUUGCAUACUGGUUGACAAAAAAAAAGAAAUGGCAUGAAAAUGUGGAAAUCUGUCAACGACAUCUUUUUUUUUGCCGUCAGAAUGACUGACAGAGUGCCCCCGUACUCCCCCCACACAGUGUGUGACACUUUAAAUUAGGUCACAGAGCAAACAUGAACUCAAUAAAUUGUUCCAUCUAUUAAAACUGCACUGGCAGAAUCAAGUGUUUUUGAAUGGGGUCAUCAUGGUCCCAAUACUGUUGUCUUUUUUCUCCAAACACAACAACUCCAACAAAAUACAAAGAAACGGGUUCAAAGUAGCCAACUGAUUGAUUUAGUCAUGAAAAGAUAACAGAAUAAAACACCUUUUAACAAAGUUCAGUAUACGUUUGUGGUGUGUGGGUGGCCCAGUCAGUGUGACUGAGGUAAAACAUACCACACAGCAGUGUAGGUGUAUGAUCAAUUUCGAGUGCUUUUUGUGUUUUUGUAAAAGUCAGUAUGAAGCUGUAAAAGGAUUGUGCUGUGAUGUUUGUAUCGGAGAGUAAAAACCUUUCAUUAAUGCAGAUCCACUGACCUAAGAGGAGUGGAGCUCUUAAAUAUUUAAAUAAUGCUGCAUGCAGGAUGUGUAAAAGCAUGCGACCCCAGAGUUAGCAUGUCCCAGCUGCCACAUAGGGAGAGGGUGUAACAUGUAACACAUUAGCAUCUGUUGUCAUCCUGAGACCAGAACAAUUUGGGGUUUUUUGUUCUCGGUCCAGUUUUAGUUUGAGGCACAAUUAUCUGUAUUUAGAGGCGCCUGUAGCUCAGUCUGUGGGGACUUGGCUUUGGAACCACAGAUACCAAAGAAUAGCUGGAAGUUGAACAGGCGCCAAUUGUUUUUUUUAUUUUUAUUUCACUAGCACUGCUGGAUGCCUUCGAGCAAGGCACUUAACCCUAUAUGUGGACAGUCAAUGUACAGCCUCCUCACUUGGACAUCUCCAUUAGUUUAUGUCCAUAGGGUCCUUGUUUCUGAACUGAUCCCAUCCCACAUAUCAUAUCAUAGAUCAUUUUUGAAGUCACCUCUGCUUGUUGAUAAUGUGGCAAAAACAAAGGCUGAAUGUACAGUGCCCAACAUAAGUACGUACAUCCACUAUUAAAAGUAAAGUAUUAAUCAAUAUCUAGAUGAGCAAAAGUACAAUUUCCAAAGUUUUGACAAAGCUGAGUUUAUCAUCACAUUUUAUUUACUAUAAGAUGAAAAUAAGGGUGAUAUGGUAACUAAAAUUUGAACUUUGAUCGGGUGUACUCAUUUUUGCAUCCUGAUUUUAAAUUGAAAAAUAUAUAUACUUUUUUGUAUGCAACUUUAAAUUCUUGUUUGCAAUUAAUGGCCUACAUUUGGGGGAGUACUUGGUUGUAUAGUCUGACAUAGAAAAUGUUGAUUUUGAAAGGAAACUAAAGGUUUUUUGGGGUGUACUCAUUUAUGCUGAGCACUGUAUGUGUAUUUGCAGCCUCUUUGUGUAUGUGUGUGUUGAAUGUUCAGCAUCUAUAAGGAUACACAAGCAGUGUCUCCCUCUUCUUUCUUCUUAUUUCGUCAAUAUGCAUGUUGAAUCUUUUGAAUCAGUGCUUUAGUUUGUGCAUAGAGUAUAAUGAGGCAGAUGAUCAAGUUUCUAAAAGGACUCCAACUAACCAAAAUCACAAAUUUAACACUAUUUCUGACACUUUAUUUGGCAAUCACUAUCUAAAAACCAUUCCGGAUGUUAAAAAAUACAGAUGGUGAGACAACAACAGAUUGUAAAAUCCUAUCAACAUUCAAGAAAUAGCAUUUUUAUGAAAAUAUUUUCAGCCUUUUACCAUAACUGCAAAUAUUUUACUGGCAAAUUUUAGACUAACCAAAACAGUGCCUUUAACAAUUUUCUGUAUCCCUUCAGCAAAUAUAUCUUUUGAAUAAAGCAUAGCUCACAAUAGAUGAACUCAGACCAGUGACACUUGGGGCUUUAACUCUGAUUUUCCCAUUUUACUUGGUUUUAACUGCAUCUUAAAGCUAUUAUUGUGUUAUAAAAUCUCCACACUGAGACAAAAUCUGACUAAAAAAUGAUAUAAAGUAACAAAUCCACAUUUCUGACAUCUUUUUAGCAUUUUACCUUAACUCCGUACAUUUUACUGACAGCUGGGGACCUGGAAACUUUGAGUGAGAAAAAAAAAGGGAGGGGUGAGGAGGGGGUUUCCAGCACUUGGUGUCAUGCAAGGUGUUAUCCAAAAGGUAGGCCUUUGACACAUUUGUUCCCUGAGGCAUAUGUCAGGAUUACUGCUCCCCGUGUCACCAAAUGCUCCUCCUGCUUCCCUACCUGAUGGCCUGUGAGCUGUAGAAGACACAAUCAUUGAAAAGACUGAAAAAAAAAAACUGUCAGAGGCUUUGGAUCAGACUAAUUUCUGUCCACUAUUGUUCUUCCUGGGAUGUUUACCGCCAAGGCGAGAUUAACAAUAUUCUUACCAUUAAUUAAAAUCACCUCUGUGGGAGAAACAGAUGGCCAAAGCCAUUAAUCUGCUGUAAUGCUCUUACUGUCACCACACACGUCUUAAUCAAGCCGUGAUCUGCAUUAAUCACCUGACUUAAGUGACAAACAAGUAUCACUCCUGUGUUAGCACGGCUUUGUUUGUGGUCGGACCUCUUCUGACCUUGUUACUGCAAAUCGAUAGGGGAAAAAAAGGCCCACUUCAGACGUGAGUGGGUCAUAAUGUAUGUCAAGGAAGUUAACUCAAACACAACCUAGUAUCAAGCAAAAAAAAAAACUAUCAUUAGACCUUUGCUUUUAUUCUGAAAUGAUGUCAUGUACAGCUGCUCAGCUGUUGGCUUAAACCGGUUGCAACACAAAGUGGUAAGUGCGUGAGACAUUUGAUAAGAUUAAAGCGUAAUCCUCUUAGUGGCAAACAACUAAUUUGGCUAAUAAUUCUGCAUUACUUCCUGACUCCUCAUAGCCAUAAAACCCUGGAUUUUAACACUCAGCCAGCAUGGGACUGUUGUGAUGGAGGCUUUGUGCGUCUGGUAAUGGCACAGAAGUAUCUUGCAUUUGAUCCCCCCCGUGGCUCGGUGUUCCUAAGUUCAGCGUGAGCUUGUUUUUAAUAAAGGUUGACAAUAGAGAUAAAGAGAAAGAGCAAAAUUAACCGAGUAAAGACCAGAUUAUGAGGGAAAAGAUGGAGCAUGUCAUGUGUGCGCUCGCUUCAUCAUCCACAUAUUCCUCUCUGAAGAUUUUGUGCCACAGAAAUGAUACAGUACCCUCACACCACCAAGAUUAAUAAUUGAAGUUAGCUUUUGUAUUUGCCUGCUUUAACACACACAGCUAGAAACAACACUCGCUUAAAUGAUUUGUUGUGUGGCGGGAAGGGAAACCACUUGUUGGUUUUGUGCCUCGUGGAUAUGAGAACAAACUCAUCUGUGCCUACUGUAAUGUGAUUCGACUGAGGCACGUUCCAAAUUCAAUAUGUAAAUACUGCAGCUUUCAAAAGCAUACAUUAUAAAUUGGCCCACUACUCUGGAAAAUGUUCUAACAGUUUGUUUUGCAGUCGGCGUGUCUGGUAUUAGAACCAAGAAUAGAAACAUUAUGUGAAAAUUGAAUUCUACAAAUACUGAAAUGGAGCUGCCGCAUGGACCUGAAUCUAAGUGUUGUUUUCUUAUUAAGCGUGUGUGUUAGGCUGGGAUUGGUCCUAAAAACAGAACAAGCAAGGAGCCAGAGGGUGAUUCAUCAUAAGUGUGCUUGAUACCAGAAGACCUUGGGCCUAAGAUUUAUGACCUACUUUUGAGUCAUAUCACCAAAUCUGGGACAUACAUAAGGUCGUGGAUGCUCUGGUAUUACAAGAAAAAAAAAAAAAAAGGUUUUCACACGUCAUUGUAUUUGUUGCACAUAGCAGUUUUACGUGAGCUUAACAGGUCUCCCAAGAGGAGUAUUAAAAACCCUGUUCCCUGUGGACCAACCAAACUGCAACUCCUCCAUAAAAUCCCAUUAGGUCCAGGCCAAUUUUUACAGUUGAGCUGUAAAUGUUUAAAAAUAAUGUUUUGGGCAUGUAGCUCAUUCGUUUAUUAGUUCACACUGCAUGGAGAUGGAAAUUUCUCUUGACUCUUGCAUUUUGAUUCUGUCAAGGCUAAAAGUCAGGCAUACAUUUGUGCAGCUUUGUUGACUGGAAGGUGGGCGGGUUGUUCUUUGCUUGUGUUUACUUUUAUUGCGAGUUGUUAAGCUAAAUCAAAAUCUCUAUCUAACAUGAUGGCUGACAUCAUUAGGCAAAAUGUCAAACCUUUUUCCCAAGAAACCGAUGAUUGAUAUCACACAGCCCAUGUUUCAUACAGAGUACCGACCCAGUGUGCACGAAAAGAAGUUUAACAUGAUUGUAAAGAGAAGCUUUUAUGAUCUGAAGAUGCUGAAUAAACCAUCAUGCGCAGAUUUCUCCAGGGAAUCUGCUCUCGCCACAUGAUUUGUAUCAGCAAUUUUCAAGUACCAGAUAAUAUGUGGCUCAAAUGGCUGUAUGACUGAGCAUCACAGCCACGAAACAAACAAACAAAAAAAGCUUAGGAGAACAGAGUAGGAAUCAACCUCUCAACUGCCUGUGUUUGUGUUUAACACUCAUCACUUUAAGCUCUCUUCCAUUUCCCCCUCCCUCCAGGUAUCAGCCGGCUACAUCAGCACGCAGGUAGUCAGAGCUGCACUUAAGCCCUAUGCACCUGCACAUGCGCAGUCUGCUGCUGCUGCUGCUGCUCUGCUCCCUUCUCCUGAGGGAGGUAUUUAGAUCGUCUCUCUUCAUGAUGUUUUAGAACCUUCUUGUUAACAUAACACACCCAAUAAAUCUCUGUUUAUGAUUUUUGUAUGCAAAAUAAAAUGUGAUGGAACUGCAACCCUGCAUAGACCUGAUUCUACGUUUAGCUGCUGAAUGACUGUGGUAAUGCCUCCUGGCAUGCUGAUGUUGGUUGAAAACUGAUUUAAAAAAGGUGUUAGACAUUCAGUAGGCUACUUCUGGUUAGUGGAAGUAUUUAUUAUGUGUUGAGACAUUUUCUCCACAUGUGAUCAGAUGUCUUUUUGCACAUGUGACAUCCAGGUUUAAAGAGAUGAGAGAUAGAUGUGGUAAAGGAGGACCAGGUAUGUCAUGGUGAGUUAUCCAACUGCAAUUUGUUCAACUUUUUUUUUUAUCUCAAGGGGUUAAACAACAAGCUGUUGCUCCCCUGUAAGUAAGUUGCUCCUCAAAUGUCAAGCAUCUCAGGGUCUUGUUGUUGAACAAGGGAAUUGAAAAGUUUCGGAGUAGCAGGCUAUUGCAACUGCAGGCCUUGUAGAGGUUAAAAGUGUAAAAUAAGGGGCUAAUCUUUUAGCAAAGUCGCAGUGCAUCACUUGGUCCACUCUCCAACUCUCACCUCUGCUCUGGCGCUUUGAAUGGUGAGUGAAAGAAUGAGAUCGCAGCUACAAGGGGCCAUAAAGUGACUUGGUUCAGUCGGUGAUCUCUCUAUAGAUGCAUAGAGAUAGCUGCUCCCUCACAUCAAAAGGGGCCAGUCGAGGCUGUUUGGGCAUCUGAUCAGGAUGCCUUCAGGCGUCUUUCCUUUGAAGGUUUUCUGGGUAUGUUCAACUUUUUAAGAGGCCCUGGGGUAGACCCAGUACAUGCUGGAGAGAUAAUAUAUCUCAUCUGGCCUGGGAACACCUCAGGAUCCCUCAAGAAGAGUUGAAGACUGCUGCUUUGGAGAAGGACAUCUGGACUUCCUUCCUUACUCUGUUGAGGCUGCAUAAAAGAUCAGUUCUCAGCAAAAGGCAGCUAGAUAGGUGAACAUUUAAUAUAUUAAGCUAAAAAACAUGGUGCUGUGUGCUCUCUUCCUGACACAGUAUCUCCAGCACCUCUUGUUUGUGUGUCUGCUCAUUGUGUGAUUUUUAACACCUCCCUAUAUGUGCCCACUUGGGGGCUCAGACAGAUUUACCUCAAACUUUUGUGACGUGUCGAGAGCCCUUUGAAGCCACCGAGACGCCUUUUAAUCAGCAGAAGCUAAUCACCCAUAUGGUUGACAAAGGUCUGCUUGACUCAUGCUCUUUUGUUAUCACUAUGGGAGCUGCUGCUGGUGUGUGUCUGUGUUUGUGUGUCUGAAGUAGGAGGGGGAAUCGCUCAAUGUAGUUUAUUCUCCUGACUCCUCUAUUCUUCUCACUUCAGAGGCUCUCAUUUUGGAACUAUUGUUUCAAAAAAGGGUGAAUUAAGUGCAUUUGAUUGUUUAUUACAAUGUGGAUGAUCUUGAUUAUGCAGGGCGUAUUUUCCUCACACACCAAGCAGCAAUAAUAUUCUUUGUGUAAUUAACAUUGUGGGUGUCCGAAACACAACAUUAAUCAAAUGACACUUGUCUGGCUUUGUGGUUUUUCUUCUCCGCCUUACAUUGAAAUUCCUCCUCUGCGAUUUGAACAGAUGAGACGUCCGCUGCCACACAGCAGACAGAGGGAUUUCUGUGGCUCCUUUAUUAUGCAGAUUAUUUAUUGGCAAUGUUUACAUAGACAGAUGUGAUUAAAGGAAGAAAAAGUGCUAAAAUGAUAAAUAUUUAUGGAUAAUAGUACAGGUUUUAUUACUCCUAAAUGUCAGGGUGAAGAAGACUGUGUGUUUAUAGGUGUAUAUGAAUAACAAUGGUAAUCAUCAGGCUUUGUAUUAGGUGCCUCCUUUUUGUGUUUUCUAUUGCUUCUACCUGAUGAAGGAAGGAAAUUAAGCACAUACAUUAAAUGGCAAUUUUAGUGAAUGGGCAUUAAGUGUGCUCAUUUUAUGCCACUUAGACUUAUAAAUAAAGUCCUUUUGCUUAUUUUCGAAACAUUAUCUGUCAUUCAAACACAUUAAAUUCAACUAUGUGAUUUUAAAAUGUCCAUUUCUCGCUCCACUCUGACCGGCUAUAGCAUUAAAAUUCUCUAAAGAAGUUACAGCAACAAAAGAAAAUUGCCAAAGUAUUCAUUCUGCCUCGCUUGUGCUUUAUUUUUAUACUCUAAGUACACUGCAGCUAUUUGCUGCUCUCAUUUUGACCUGUAAGAGCAAUUCUGAAUGCAUGACUUUUACAACGGAAUAUUUUUACAUCUUGAUGCUUCAACAGAAAGUUAAACAAAAAGAAAAAAAAAACGAUGUGUGGAGGACGCCUGCAGCAAAGCAGAAGAAUCGGAAACCACUGGUCCUUAUGAAAGUUUAUUUUUUUGUUAUAUUGGAGGGUUUGUUAACUUUUGUGGCAAUUACCUGCAAUUAUGCCAGCACUGACAUUUAGUUUGUUUCCCUCAUCUCCAGACUUUUUACAUAGUUCUUUUUAUUUGACUGAAAAUACCCAAUCAAUCAUUCCAGUUCUCAGCAGGUGGACUUAAACUUAUUUUGUUUACAUUCAGUCUCAUUAAAUUAGACCAAGUAAAUUAGUUGGUAAAUUAAUUACUCUGUGUGGAUUUAUUCUAACUAAGGCUGUUAUCAAGUAGAUUAAAGCUUCACAAUCAGUUUAUCUAACAAACCUUUUGCAUACACAAGAGGACAACAGUUUGCUGCAGAGCCAAAUGUUGCCCUGUUGGUGGACCACCAGCAGGCCUGCCAUUGGUCGAUGGGGGCAGCUUAUUUGCAUAGAGAGGGGCUUAAAGGCCCACUGCAAAGUGAGUUUGACACAGUUGUGACUGGACUUGUCAUUGCACGGGAGCUGGAUUGAUUGCUCCAUUUAUGACUUUGUGGCGCAGCACUUUUUAACCCCUCAACAUGGGACUCUCAUCAGGACUUACACUGUACACUGUGUUUGCUCUCUUUUGCACAGUUCAGUGCACAACUACAAGGUAUUUCACCUAUGAAGAGGAUGCACCGGGCACUGAGAUUGGAAAUUUGUCGCAAGAUUUAAAAAUCGAUCCAGCUGAUGAUCCUGACACGUCGUUCCGCUUCAUGCAAGAGAACAACUCCUCUUUGAUUCAAAUGAGGGAAACAGACGGACUUUUGAGUGUGGCAGAAAUCAUUGAUCGAGAGCAGCUUUGUCCCAGGUCUCCGCGAUGCUUCAUCACCUUCGACAUUGUGGCCUUCUCCAAAGAAAAGUUCCAGCUCAUCCACGUAGAGAUCGAGGUGAAAGACAUCAAUGAUCACGCUCCUCAUUUUGCGCACAAUCAGACCAACCUGGAGAUUUUGGAGAACGUCCCCCUGGGUUCAAGAUUCCCCCUGCAGAUUGCUCUGGACCAGGAUGUGGGUGAAAACUACAUCCAGAGCUACAAUAUUUCCCCCUGUAGCCACUUUUCCAUUGAGGUGCGUGAUCGGGAGGAUGGAGUGAAGUUCGCUGAGCUCGUGCUCGUGCGCGAGCUGGACAGGGAGGUGGAGGACUCCUACACGAUCGAAGUUACUGCAACUGACGGAGGAGUGCUUGCAAAGUCCGGGUCAAUGCUUGUUUACAUCAAAGUGCUGGACUUUAAUGACAACAGCCCCACGUUUGAGCACAGCUCUCUGAAAGUGGAGCUGAAUGAAGACUCCCCUGUGGGCCACCGGGUUCUCAGAGUGCACGCGUUUGACCCCGACGAUGGCGAGAACGGCGAGGUCAUUUACGCAUUUGAUGACGGCGUUUCAGCAGAGGUUGCACGUGUUUUCCACAUCGACCCUUACUCCGGGGAUGUGACUUUGAAAGCGCUGGUUGAUUUUGAGAAAAGGAGAUCAUACGAGCUGAGCAUCAAAGCCUCAGAUUUGGGCGCCAACCCCGUGCCAUCCAGCUGCAAAGUUGUGAUAGAUAUUGUUGAUGUGAACGACAACGCGCCUGAAAUCAGCAUUAAACCCAUGACCUCCAGCAGUGAUGGAGUCGCCUACAUCACAGAAGCUGCAGCUGCAGACAGUUUUGUGGCUCUCAUCAGCACUUCGGACAGAGACUCUGGCUCCAAUGGGUACGUGCGCAUCAGCCUGCUCGGGCACGAGCAUUUCACCCUCCAACAAGCAUAUGGAGACUCUUUUAUGAUCAUUACCAGCACCACUUUAGACAGAGAGAAGAUCCCUGAGUAUAACCUGACUGUGGUGGCAGAAGAUGUUGGAAGCCCGCCCUUCAAAACUGUCAGACAGUACACCAUCAGGGUAACAGACGAGAAUGACAACCCCCCUCUCUUCAGUAAGUCUCUUUAUGAAGUGUCAGUCCUGGAGAAUAAUAUCCCAGGUUCAUACGUAACUACUGUUGUUGCUCGAGAUCCUGACAUGGGGAAAAACGCUAAAGUUUCCUACAAACUCAUAGACUCAGAGGUGCAAGGUGGAGCCAUGUUGUCCACUUAUGUCUCAGUGGACUCUCUGUCUGGGUCUCUGUACACUUUGAGGUCUUUCGAUUAUGAGACUCUGCAGCAGAUCGAGUUGGUGAUCCUCGCUGAGGACAGAGGUUCCCCUUCUCUUUCCAGCACCUCAGCAAUCAGGAUCAAAGUGGUGGAUCUCAAUGACAACUUCCCAUACUUCACAUUCCCAGUUCUUGUGAACGACUCUGCUGAUAUCCCUCUUCCUUUUAACGCACCUGCCGGCUUCCUGGCCCUGAAAGUCUUAGCUGAAGACGAAGACGAGGGAGUGAAUGGCGAACUCUCAUUCCAAAUUGUCCAAGGUGACCCGAAGCUUUUCACAAUGAACAAAGACACGGGAGAAAUUGCUCUAAAACAAUGGCUGACAGCUGAAAUUGGAGACGUGCUGGAAAUAAAAAUCGCAGUGAGUGACAAUGCCAGGUCCCCGCUUUCCAGCAGCGCCACAAUUCGCUUUGUCGUCUCAGACACAGAGCCCUCUGAAGACCAAGUCGUCAUUGUGCUAAGGUCAAGCGAUGAAGAGGGCCCCAGCUUGGAUGGCUCGCUAAUUGUUAUUAUUAUGCUCAGCGGGGGGUGUGCAUUGUUGCUGAUUGCCAUAGUGGUUGUUGUUGUCACAUGCAAACUCAGCAGAGGGGGAAGAAACCAGGGCUCCAAGAGAGAAGUGUGUCACAGCUUGUUUGACAGAAGGCCCUUACCCAUGCUGGGCCUUGAACCCAACAUUUACACCGGCCAGAGAGCCUUCUUCCAUGAGAGGACCUCUUCUUCUUUGGAUGAAUCCUGCAUGUAUGAGGAGAGGAGUGGAGACUCGGAGACAAAGGUGAGGCAACUACACAAGUAUUAUUUUCAUCUUUUUUAUUUCAUAUGCAUACCAUGUUUUCCCGAGAGCUGGCUUGAUCUUUGUGCCAGAAAUGGAAACUAAGCUCUCUUGCUGUCAUUUUGUUUGUUCUCUUUAGAUGUUCCUGCCCUCCAAGCAUUUCCAGGCGGCAUCUGUGUGGCAAGGUGACAAAUACUGCUUACAAGUGAGGUAAGACAACUAAAUAGAAUUCAUUUCCUUAGAUAGGAUGUGCUUUAUUCACAGUCAAAUCUUGCUCAAAAACACACAGCUUGUACUUAACAUGCACCCCGCAUACAUUUUGUCGCUUGUGGCAUUCCAGUGGAAUGAGGUUAGAUGGGGAGGAUAGAGGCAGGCCUUGUAUGUGGGGGGAAAAAAGACAUCAAUAAUCAAGCUAAUGUGGUGCACUGGUGGCUCAUACUGUAUCUGUUGAUUGUAUUUGCAGCGGCAUUGGCAACACGGACCAGCUGAGCGUGAAGGACAGCGGCAAAGGGGACAGUGACUUUAAUGACAGCGACUCUGACAUCAGUGGAGAUGGAGGCAGGAAGAACUUCAGCACCUUCCAGCCAAGGCUAAAAAGUGAGUUUUAUUCUCAAAGUUUGACAUCUAAAUUAAUCAUAAAUAUUUACCAGAAUGACAUAAAUGAUAAAUGAUGUUAAAGCAAUACCUGCAUCAGCAAUUUCUCAUCCUUAUUUUUCCAAUCUCCUUCGCUUUUACUUCAGGUUUAUCCAGCGCGUCUAAUAGCUUGUCUGGGGAUUGCCAAGGCACCUACUGUGCAGUACAACCGCAGAGCUUCAGAGCCCCACGAGACAAUGCAUACACAAUUGGUUUCUCCCCAGUGCCAGUCUUCAACAAUCCUCAUGGCUAUCCCCUCUCUUGGAAGGACUCCGGCUAUGGCACAAAUCGCCCAAAAUCGAGGAGCAGCAUGCAGAGCUUCUCCAGGACGGGGACUCUUCCUUCGUACUUCCCUUCUCAGCUGCACCAUGAGCAGUGUGAGGUGGCUGUCGGAGGACCUGAAGUCCAGAGGGAGAGUCCGAGCUUUGUUACAGUUGCUACAGCAUUAGAGGUGGCGACUAUCUUUUAAAAAAACUGUGUAUACGCCAAAUUAGAGCAGCUGAAGAUGUAAAAAUUGUAAAACUGAGUAUGUG